UGUUAUGCUAAUUCAAGAAGUCCUCUGCGCCUGUACGGCGAGAAACCUUUUUUCUCUAGCCCCGAAUGUCUUGAAAACGAAGACAAACAAAAGGGAAAUUCUCAUUUCUCUGUAAACGAAGUAACAACGUUAACUACAUCACAUUCACGCCAAGGAUGAACGGUUUGAUGUUCUCAGUGAUCAUCAACUUUAUCUUAGCUGUACCAACAGCUGCUGCUAAUGCUCUGGUUAUCGUGGCCAUUCUGACGACGUCUUCUUUACGAAAACCGUCGUAUCUUUUACUGGCUAACCUCGCGCUUAGUGAUCUUGGAGUGGGACUAUUUUGCCAACCAGGUUUUGCCGUAAUAAUAAUCAUGAAACUGUUUGAAGACGUUGAAUUUAGUAUCUUCUUAUUACUAUCAGUAAUUGUUGUUGCAUCGCAGUUGAGCUGUGUAUCAGUGUUGACCAUAACCGCCAUCAGUGUCGACAGGUUCAUGGCCAUACGACUCAAGAUGAGGUACAGAUCUGUUGUCACACUUAGAAGAGUGAGCUUCUUCUGUGUUUUUUCUUGGGUUGCUCCUCUCGUAACGAUAGUAACUGGUAUUUUUGACAUGCGAAAUGCGGAGCUUGGUGUAGUCGGUCUAACAGUAUGCUUAGUGGUGAUCGUGGUAUUCUACACGAUGUCGUUCAGAGCCCUGAAGAUCCACUGUGCUCAGACCCAACCACAGGGUAACCAACAACCCAACAGUACAACACAGUCCAAUGCCAUCGAUGUUCUUAAGUACAGAAAGCUACUGAAGACAAUGAUAAUAAUAGUGGUGGUGAUCUUAGUCUGUUACCUUCCUAUUUUCGGACUACUUGCAAUAAUGUUACACCCAGCUUAUCACGAUAAGUAUCAUAUCAUGUGGGGAAUGAUGAGUAUUGUGUGUGCAAACUCUACUCUGAAUCCUGUUAUUUAUGUGACGAGAAUGAAGGACAUUCGAGAAGCCUGUGUUCAGAUACUAAGAAAAUUGUUCAGAUGCAUGUAGGCUGAUUGAAUGAUGGAAGCUUGAAGUAGGAAUUUUACUGACGGACUUAACAUGGUUCCUAGUAGUUUGUGGCCAUAGUUUAUAUAUAACGGAAAUCGAUAUAAUUAUUAGUGUAAGGCAAAACUAGAUUGAUCAGAUUUUCAUACCAGAUGCUCAUUUUAUUUGAGUCGUUACCAUAGUAACGAUGGACAAAUAUCCUCAAAACUAUUUUGUGUCAAAAAAGUGUUGAUUUGCUUUUAUCCCAAAGUAUUGAAUAUGUAUCAUGAAUU